AUGGAAUCCUAUAAAUCUUCUAUUAGACAGGUGUUCGGUAUCAUCUUUAACUCGAGGGUUUACCCAAGCAUAAUCAAAAGCGCUGAACCUUCGGAAUCAAAAGUCGACAGCGUAGCUCAUGCAACACUCCAUAAAGAUGACUCCAUCGAAAAUGAAUACAUCAUGUCAGCAGAGUAUCUGCAGCAAGAAGCAUACCAUGGUUCAUCCAUGAGCUAUCAAGUUGCACAAAUUCUCCUUUGGUCCUUCAUCGCCAUUCUGAUUGCUCCUAUUCUCGUCAUAGUCAACAUACUCUUUCGAUUCCGCGACUCCAAUUACUCUUGGGCUGCGAUUACUGGCUGUGUAUUCUUCAUCACAUCACUCAUCUUCUACUUUCUUCGCACCAGCAAGGAACUUGACGAAAGCUAUUCCGCGCAAUGGGGAAUGAAGACUAGGACCACCGCACAAGAGGUUCAAAAUCGGAUAUAUGCCAAGGAUCGAAAUACAAAAUUUCGCACCACUCAUCUCACUGAUAUUCACGGUCUCCAGAAUAUCCCUGAGAAUCAAUCUCCGAGAAGCUUGGGUAAUAUGCGACAUCAGAUGAAUGAGAAAUUUGUCGCGGCAAUAAAAGAUAUGACUUCUGAGACGAGAGUUAAGCUUAACAUUUAUCUCAUAAUCUCCGGAGCCCUUUCGAUAAUCCCUUAUUGCGCCGCACAACACUACUACAACAAUCCAACUUCUCUCUCCGAGGCAACAAAUCAUUUGGUAUUACUUAGCAAAGCUCUCGUAGUCAUCAUCAUGUAUACAACUGUAUUGCACCAAACCAAAUUCUGGAUUGAGGAGUUGGAGCGAGAGAGAAGUUGCAUUAUGAGAGGAUGGGACAUUGUAAAUUGA